GUCAGUCCCUCGGCUGAGCAGCAGAGGGCAGCGCAGGAUUAAUUUUCGGGGGGCAAUUUGUCAGCCAUUCUCCCUCCCCCGCCCCCGCCAUCCCCGCCCUCUCCCUGCCGUGGCCAGGCUCGCAGCGCCGGGAUGUCUGUGCCACACUAGCCCGGACCUCGGCUCGGAAGGGCGGACCCCACCCUUUUCCAGCAAUGCAGCGCCCCAACCCGCUCCCUGUCAGGCUCCCCGGGACAAGGAGAUGCCACCCACAGUUGGUCUGAGCUGAACCCUGAAUUGGAGUGCCCUGGGGAGACAAUCUAGGAACGGGAUCAGCCAUGGAGGGGCUCAAUGGCAUCAAGGCCUUUCCAAAAGGCAUCUCCCAGGCCCUGGCUCAGGGAGGGCAGGGCUGUCCUGCUCCCUGUGUGGCAAAGGAGGGUGCCUCGGGGGAUCCCGAGUGGAGAGAGGAGCUGGUCCAGGGCCCAGGGCUCUCCAUGGAUGUGGGGGGAGAGGGGCCAGCCCUGGAUGGGGCAAAGGCAUCUCCUGAGGUUGACUCUCCAAAAGGAAUCCAGGCCCCAUCUCCUCAUGGGACCAAGGGGAAUGCAGGUCCCCCAGAAGCCCCCAAGCUCCGGCACAUGGCCAUGAAGGGCCUUAGCAGUGGCCAUGACCGCUCUGUCUCCAGCUCCUCCACCUGCUCCUCCUUUGAGUCCUCACAGGAGUCCGACGAGGUCUUCAGUGAGGAAGAGGAGAAGGGGAAGCCUGGGCGGAGGAAAAUGCUGAGGAAGACCAAGUCAUGGAAGACAUUUUUCACCAUGGUGCACUGGUCCCUGCGGCGUCACAGCUCCUGGGUGCAGCUGGCAGGGCAUGAAGGUAACUUCAAGCCCAGUGAGGGGGGCCAGAUCCUGAAGAAGUUCAGCACUGUGGAGAACACCUGCCUGGAGAUGCUGAUGGGUGAUGCACUGCGGCCCUACGUGCCUGCCUACCACGGUGUGGUGGUGAAGGACGGCGAGCACUACAUCCAGAUGGACGAUCUGCUGCGUGGCCUUGACGCACCCAGCAUCAUGGACUGCAAGAUGGGGGUGAGGACAUACCUGGAGGAAGAGCUGACCCAGGCCCUGCUGAAGCCGAUCCCCCGCAAGGACAUGUACCAGAAGAUGGUGAAGGUGGAUCCAAGCGCUGCUACGGCUGAGGAGCACAGCCAGAGGGCGGUCACCAAGCCCCGCUACAUGCAAUGGCGUGAGCACAUCAGCUCCACCGCCUCCCUGGGCUUCCGCAUUGAGGGCGUGACAAUAGAAGGGGGAGCUGUGCAGAAGGAUUUCAAACAGACCCGGACCCAGGAGCAGAUCAUCAACACCUUCCUGAUUUUCACCAAGAGACAGGGGAGUAUCUUGAGUGCCUACCAGAGCCGCCUGGAGAGCAUGCGGAGCGCACUACAGGAAUCAGCUUUCUUCCGCACCCAUGAGGUCAUUGGGAGCUCGCUGCUCUUCGUCCACGACCGCCACGGCCGGGCCAACGUAUGGAUGAUUGACUUCGGCAAGACACUGCCAGUGCCACCCUGGCUGGCCCUGUGCCAUGAUGUGCCAUGGACCCGGGGCAGCCACGAGGAUGGCUACCUGAUCGGCCUGCACCACCUCACCCACACCCUGCAGGCUGCGCAGCAGAGGCUGGGGCCAGAGGAGAUACCAGCCCCCAGCGAACCCUGAGGCUGGAAUGCCACAGAGCCCACUGGAGUGGGCAGCCACCUCCGUGAAAGCCCCAGAGCUGCUCUUACCCUGAGCCUUAAGUUGUGGGACCCUCUGAGACCUCAUCUGGACGUGACUCACCCAACUCCUCUCUAGGGCCAUUAUGGGGGAGUUGUGUAAGGCUCCCAGGACCCCAGUGCAUCUCCACUGGCAUAGAUAGAGCCUUGCCCGUGGGGCAGGGGGUCAGUGGGUCUUUCCUCUAUAGGACACCCCGGGAGACACCACCACACUCAGGGUGCAGUGUAGCCAUCAGCCCAGCCUUCAAAAUCUGGGCCUCGGCUCUCAUGCAGAAGGGCCAAGGGUUCUACAGGCCAGACUCAUGCUACUAACUCCUAACAGUCAGCACCAGCAGAGGACGGGCAGUGGGGUCAGGGCCCAGAUUGGCUCUGCUUCCACCAGCAGCCACAGCCCGGGUUGCCUUUAGUAGCAGUUGCCAACAAGCACCAGGCAGUGUUGGCCGUGGAUCUGGUUGCCCAAAUUGAGAGAGGGGAAGGGGGGAGUCUAAAACCCCCUUGGACACCUGGAAUGAGAAGGAGAUUCUCUGCUGUAAAGUCAAGAUGACAGCGCCCCACUUCCCUAGGCUAUGCCACUCUGAGCAGCCUUUACUAACCCCCUGUGCUGAAGCUUGAACUGGAUUCAAAAAACCAUGUUAUGCAGUGUGCAGAUAAACCACUCCUGUGCCCCACCCCAAAGGUGGCUGCCUCUCAGCACCAAGCAAGGGGUCCCUGUACAGUCGGCAUGCUCCACCACAGGUGGCUGCAUCUCAUGCUGGGAAGGGGAGAGGAGAGUUGGACAAACAAAAAGGGGUGGAGUGGAGCUGGAUCAAUUAAAGCCCCAGCCUGUUAGCUGGGAGGAUCUGGUGCUGCUCCAGUUUCAGGGGAUCAGAAAUUAGGGCAGGGUUUAAAUCGAAGCCCGAGCAAGUUCUGUGAUUGUAGAACAGGGAAGAAGGAUGCUAUUUUUCCCCAUGUUGCUUUUUCAACCCCCAUGGAGGGAAAUUAAUGAGGUGUCAGUCCAGCCAACCAGGUGCUGAUCACCUCACCUCAGGGGCUAGAGUUGGCACCUAAACGGAAAGUGCCAGGAGCCCUUGGGAGCAGGAGUGGCACAUCCCCACACCCCUGAGGUGCUGUGAUGCAGGAUCAUAAGGACCAGGCAGGAGAUGGUGGCACAGGGGCAGAUGGCCCCAUCUGUGGAGGUUACAUACCUCAAGCCCAGCUCGUUGCAUCAUCCCCUUAAUAAAACCAUAACGUAUCUUAACCCA